CGAAAAAAGUAGAAUUUUUAUAUUUUCAGCAAGCAAAAUGGGGAAAAUUGUUUAAGGAAUUAAAUAAAUAAUUGUUCGCUGGUUUUGCAACCAAAAAACCGAGUCAACAUGAAGCUGUACAAGCUGAACACACACACGCGCGGAUGCAACAAAUCCUAUGAUGCGGAUUUGGUGAUGAACCUAAAGGAUCACCCCAAUGCCAAUGUGGGCGAUGUGGUGGAGAUCUAUGCGCCCGACGAGGAGAACGGCACCCAUCUGCUGCUCCAGAUCACCGAGUUCAAUGGGAGCUGCGGUCGGGAUGUGAUCAGCAUUGAAUCAGGGAUCGCGAAUGCGUUUAAGAUGCGUCCAUAUUCCAAUGUGGUGAUGCGCAUUGUGAACCCGGCGGAUGUGGCCCUGGACUCCAUAGAGAUCACCUUCAAGGAUCAGUACAUGGGUCGCUCGGAAAUGUGGCGCCUAAAGACCUAUUUGACCGACACCUGUGUGUAUGUGAACAAGAAGAUUGACUACAACGACAUGCAAAUCCGCUGCCAGGUGUACGAGAUGUGGUCGCAGGGCGAGCGCGUGGCCAGCGGCGUCAUCACGGAGGACACGAAGAUCGUCUUUCGCAGCAGCACUUCGAUGGUUUAUCUCUUCCUGCAGAUGUCCUCCGAGAUGUGGGACUUUGACAUCCACGGAGAUUUGUAUUUCGAGAAGGCUGUCAAUGGUUUUCUGACUGAACUGUUCCAGAAAUGGAGGAAAUUGAGCUGCAAUCACGAGGUGACCAUCGUGCUCUUCUCCCGCACCUUCUAUGCGGCCAAAUCCCUGGAUGAGUUCCCCGAACACAUGCGCGACUGCCUGCAGCAGGACUACAAGGGUCGCUUCUACGAGGAUUUCUACCGCGUGGCCAUUCAAAACGAAAGAUGCGACGAUUGGUGCACUGUUCUUGGGCAGCUGCGCAAGCUAUUCACCUCUUAUCAGGCCACCGUGUUGCGCUAUCACGAAAGGGAAAACAUGAAGAUCCCGCCGGCCACCAAUUCCUCUGCCACUCAGGGCAACUUUCUGGAGGUUCUAAACAUCUCGCUAAACACCUUUGAGAAGCACUACUUGGAUAGAACCUUUGAUCGCACUGGACAGCUCUCUGUGGUCAUUACACCCGGAGUGGGAGUCUUCUCUGUGGAUCGCGAGCUGACCAACAUCACCAAGCAGCGCAUUAUCGACAAUGGAGUGGGCAGCGAUCUGGUCUGCGUGGGCGAGCAGCCUUUGCAUGCGGUUCCUUUACUGAAAUUCCACAACAAGGACACUACUUUGACCUCCGCUGAUGAUUAUUCCCUGCCCCACUGGAUCAACCUGAGUUUCUACUCCACCAACAAGAAGAUAGCUUACUCCAGCUUUAUACCGCGGAUUAAGCUGCCUCUUUUUGGCUCCCAAGUGACGCUCCACGAUGUGGUUGUGGGCGAGGGGGAGGGCGAGGAGAACGAGCGUCACUUCCUCAGCUGCAAUCAGUCGGAGUACAAGCACAAUUCGCUGUUUGAUUACGAUGCGUAUGACGAGCAGAUCUUCCAGCCGCUGCCGGCUCAAAGUACUUGCUCCCUGCAGCGCAUAGUGCGUGCCAAGAAGACUUCGGUGCCUAGUUUGGAGACCUAUGCCUAUAGAAACAACGACUGGGAGAACCUCACGCCCACUCAAAUACCUUCUAUGCGUCGCAAGAUGUCCGAUCCAGACAUUCACCAUGGAACCUCUGCAAUGCUGGCGGCGUUGCAACCCGAUACCACGAAUCUCUCCGAGUCGCUGGCUUCCGAGAAGAACUCCCGUCGCACGAUCGUCAGCAUUGCGCCCAUUGUGCGUCCUGGUCGCGCGCUCAUCAAUCCCUUUGAUCCCUCGCAAGUGACCAUCAAGCUGACCUCCAAUCGCCGCCGCUGGACGCACAUCUUUCCCAAGGGUCCAACGGGAGUGCUCAUACAGCAGCAUCACUACCAAGCGGUGCCGGCGAAAACGGGUCAGCAGCGGCCACUGCAGCAGAUCCAGAAUAAUAGCCAAUCUGGGAGCAACAACAACAAUGAGCAGGAGGAUUAUGGAUGCGAGAAUGGCGAGCAGUACGACCGAGUGUCCAGCCAUUCGCUGCUCAGCAAGUCGGCCUCCUCGCAGAGCUUUGUGAUGGGCGAUGAGAAAAUUGAUUUCUUCAAGCGCCGUCAAAACUCACUGAUGAACGCUUUGCCCGCCAAUGUGCCCAACCUAACGGCCACCCAGGCGAAAUCCUAUCUCUGGGGAGCCACCGGGGAGCAGGAGUGGACGCCAGCAAUUACCACGGUCAAGCAUCUGAGGCCGAUCGUCGAGGGCGAGCAUCAUCAUCAUCUCGGAAUGGUCGAAAUGGUCGCAAUGGAGCCACUCGGGGAUGUAGAUCCGCCCACCGAAACGGAGGCGGGCGGCGGCGGAAGAGGAAAGAUCAUCAUAGGCGUCGACUGGAAGUCGUUGACCAUCCCCGCCUGUCUGCCCAUCACCACGGAUUACUUUCCGGACAAGCGUUCCCUAAACAACGACUAUGUGAUCUCGGAUUACACUUUGCUUCCCGAUGAUGUGAAUCAUGAUUAUGCCCAGAGUAGAGCGGUCUAUAGGAAACCUUUAUCCACCGAGGAGGUUUGCAAGGAAAUCGUUUCGCAGCGGUUGGCUCAGGGAUUCCAGCUGAUUGUGGUCGAUGAGAAGCCUCCGUCGGUGGGCAACUGCUCCUCGGGAUCGGCUGUGCUGCCGGUGAAGCCACCUUGCGAGAUCAACAAGGAGUAUUUGUUGUCUAUAGGAAGGAUCUUUCACAAGAUCUCACUGAUUGGUUCUGUGAUCACAGUCACGGGUUACAGACCCAGACAUCCCUAUCCCCCCAUAAAUGUGGACUACCGGUAUCGUUUUCAUGCCCCACAGCAUGAAACCUAUGAAAUCUCUGGCGUAAACUUCACCACCGAGAAGCUGGAGAACUUUAACUGGAACCACAUGGAUCUGUACAUCUGCACGCGUGGCGAUGUGGAUUAUCCACUAAUGGAGAGCUUGAAGUACUGGCGCUAUCGCAUGUAUUUGCUGCCCCGGGAGAACAUUGUGAACAAGAUCGCCAGCUGUCAGCGCUGCGAUAUAUUCCCCGAUGUCACGGCGGAUAAUACGAGGGAACAGGUGGAGGAUUUCGUCCGACUCAUCGAGGCGGUCAGCAAGCUAAAGCGCCAAUAUGCGCGCAAGGCGAGAGACAGCCCCAUCGCCCACAUAACCAAGCGGAGACACAGCACCAGCAUUAUAUCCAGGCCUCAGCCUAACCAGGGACUCAUGAACUCUCCGUUCCGGGAGCGAGUCGGCAGUAAUCGACUGCCGGAAAAGCGACCCAGCAUUAAUGUGCGUCCCAAACUGGAAAACGGAAGGAUUCCCCGUAUUUUUCCCGCCACCGAUGCAGUGGCAGCUGCAGGAAUCGCCGCCAGAGAUGACCAGGAUGAUGGCUUCCCCGUGGACAUCAAGUUCAGCCCGAAUGCCACUUUGGCCGAGAUAUUUGAGGCCAUGAAGCAUCCUGUCAAUGGAGUGGGCUACUUCUCGCAGACCCAGUCACUUCCCUCCUGCACUUUUGUAUCCUACGAUGCCUUGAUGUGGUUGAAAACCCGCCUCAACAAUGGACGACAUCCUCUGGAGCUGCUAGAGGCCAUGCGAAAGGAGCGCAUGAUCUGCCAUGCUUCUGGUGAUUGGAAGAAGCCAGUGGUGCCUGGCUUUGUCUUCUACUAUGUGGUGCAGCAGGAUAAGAAUGCCAAAGAUUACGCCCCGCCUUUGGGUGAUUACAGCGCCUUUGUCAACGAAUGGCUGGAGAUUGAGUUCCAGGGAUGUAGCUUCCUUUGGCAUGAUGAGCCAGUGACCACUCCAGUGCCCAAUUUCCUAAGGGACUCUCCAGCUCCUCAAUCCUGGACAGAAACCUGCAGUAACAAACGCGUCUAUCGCCAGUCGCAUCUGGAGAUCGAUGUGAACCAGAAGAGCGAUCGCAUGGAGUGGGGUCAUGUCAAACAUCACACAGUGCUGCAGCCCAGAUUCGCCUUUGAAAUUGUAGUGGAGUGGGUCACCUCAUCGGGUCCUAUAGUGGCUGAUUUGAUUGGCGGAUGGAUGCGCAAGGCGAAUCAGUUUAACUUCCUGGUUUCAGUACCAGCGGAUCCCAUGGCAGAGCCCUUUACCAAGAAAUCAGAUCCUCUGAGAGGACCCAUUUUCAUUCCGCUUUGCACCACAUUCCUGCCCAAUGGAGCUGCUCUGUUUGAUGAGUUCCCUGAGGAUAGCCGUUCAGAUCGCAUGCUGUUCUUGCAGGAUGCCAUCUUAGCCAAGUUUGGCUUCUUGCCCUGCGUUUUGGAAAAGAAAUACAGCAUUGGCAAGGAUCUGCCCAAGGAGUAUCAGUAUGUGCAUUGCACGGGCAACAUGUUUGCUUUGAUACGCUGCGCCACGAACAACUACCAAGUGGAAUCUCCCAUCCUGCAAGAGGCGAAUGUCACACGCUGCGUCUAUGGCCACACAAACAACACGAAUGUCCCCAAGAAAGUGGGUUUCCUGUGGGCCUGGAAUCACAUGAUACCCAACAAGAAGUGGAAGGCGCAGACCAUUAAUAACUCCGCAGACGGAGAGCUCUUUCAACUGAAGAUGCUGAAGGAUUUCCGUGAGUUUUGCUCGAACAGCGAUCAGCGUUUGUCCACUUUCUGGUCGCAAUCCCAGGAACUAAGGCGCCGGGCCCAGAAGUUUGAGAAUAACAACAAUAACACCGAUGAGGUGAAGGUUAGAGCUUAA